AAACAGGUGAUUUCUAGGUCCAUUCAACCAGUUGGCCACCUGAUUAUACAAGGAAUGGCACUAGAAACAAGCGUGAUUCGAGAUUAGAUUGUUAUAUACAAUUUCAAUUUUAGUAUCGGCAUGGAUGAUCAUGGAUGUUUUCAACGUUUUCUAACGGCGAACAUGGUGUAGUCAAAGGAACAUUUUUUUGUUCCGCCGGAAGAAUAGUUAAAUUGGAUUAUAUGUAAACUUGAUACAUAUCGCUUUAGAAAUUAGAAUGAAGCAUUCGACGGUCAAGCCAUCACAAUCAAUCGAGGACGUCGCGGCUAGUUCUUUCGGGGCUAGGGAGAACAAUAAUGUUCCAAACAAACCCAAAGUUGACUACUCGUGCAUACGAGGUAAAAUGGUCCUUGUCAGCCCUACAGAAGAACAGUAUGAAGUUCUCAGGAAAAAAUUGGAAGAAAGAAUAGCAGAUAGCCGCGGAGAAACCGUCUACGAGAUUGGAGUUGGAGAAGAUGGCAGUGAAAAUGGACUGCAGCUUGAUGAGUAUGCUGCUUCGGUAGCCACUUUGCAAUCAUUGGCGGCUAUAUUGAACGCUGAAUGCGUAGAGUUACGUUCCCGCAAGGCUGCCAAAGGAAUAACAGGCCAAUACUUGGUGCGAAUCAAAGUCGAUGACAAUGAUUUCACGGAGAUACGAGUCGCGGUUGUUGGAAAUGUAGAUGCUGGUAAAUCUACACUGCUUGGAGUGUUGACACACGGCGAGCUAGACAAUGGUCGUGGAUUUGCUAGACAGAGAUUAUUCCGUCACAAGCAUGAAAUCGAAAGUGGAAGAACCAGUUCGGUCGGAAACGAUAUCCUUGGGUUCGACAGUGUGGGUAACGUCGUCAAUAAGCCGGAUCAUGGAACAUUGGAUUGGGUAAAAAUUUGUGAAAAAUCAGCCAAAGUUAUAACUUUUAUUGAUCUUGCUGGACACGAACGCUACCUGAAAACAACAGUCUUCGGAAUGACCGGUCACGCUCCAGAUUUUGGCAUGCUGAUGAUUGGAGCUAAUUCAGGUAUAAUUGGAAUGACAAAGGAACACUUAGGACUUGCUUUGGCCCUCUCGGUGCCUGUAUUUGUAGUUAUUACAAAAAUUGACAUGUGUCCACCAAACGUUCUGCAAGAGAAUCUGAAACUAUUAUACAAAAUUCUCAAGUCCCAGGGAUGUCGGAAAGUUCCGGUCAUGGUGAAAACAACAGAUGAUGUCGUUCUCAGUGCUACCAAUUUCGUCUCCGAACGGUUAUGUCCUAUAUUUCAAGUAUCCAACGUGACCGGCGAAAAUUUAGAGUUACUGAAAAUGUUUUUGAACCUUUUAACUGUGAGGUCCUCGGGAAACGAUAACUUUCCCACAGAAUUUCAAAUCGAUGACACUUAUGCCGUACCGGGCGUAGGGACGGUCGUUUCGGGUAUUACCCUUCAAGGUGUCGUCCAUUUGAACGAUGUAUUACUGCUAGGACCUAAUCCGUUAGGCGAUUUUCAGCCUAUUACUGUCAAAAGUAUUCACCGCAAGCGAAUGGUAGUGCGAGAAGUGCGAAGCGGUCAAACUGCUAGUUUCGCAUUAAAGAAGAUCAAGAGAUCCCAAAUAAGGAAAGGUAUGGUCUUGGUCAGCCCGGAUUUAAAUCCACAAGCAUGUUGGGAGUUUGACUGUGAAAUUUUAGUAUUGCAUCAUCCUACAACCAUUUCCAGCAAAUACGGUCGUUGGUCGGCGAUGGUACACUGUGGCAGUAUACGACAGACUGCACAGAUAUUGCAAAUGUCAAAGGAAUGUCUUCGAACGGGCGAUAAGGCCGUUGUAAGAUUUCGUUUCAUUAAAAAUCCCGAAUAUAUGAAACCUGGUCAGCGAAUGGUAUUCCGAGAAGGGCGCACGAAGGCGGUGGGUAACGUCAUCGCUCCAUUGUACACACCAGGUUCAGUACAACAACGAACAAAGCCUAAUAAAAUGCAAGUUCGGGGAGGCAACGCGGCGCAACACUUGAAUAAUCAGAAACCGCUGUCGAAGAGCGCCAAUGAAGCCAUUACAGACACACAUUCUCCUUCAGCUACAAAUAUAGUUGUUCUAGAUAUAGGAACUGACAAACGAAACAGUCGGCCGAGUAACACACACAAGAAGCAUCGCGCAGGACCUUCGAACAGUACAGCUGCUACUGUAGGAUCUGAAUUAUCGAAAGAAUCAUCAAUGGUACCCUCUCCGCAGAAUGCACAAGUAAAUAAUUGAGUUCUUGUACUAUUAUUUUUUAUAAACACUUGGAAAUCAAUAAUAUUUCUGUUGAAAACAUAA